AUGCUGCUGCACUCGAUCCUUCUGAUAUUUGCGGCCACCGCCGCAAGUGGGGCCAGAAUUUUGGGUGUCUUCGCAUUUCCAAGCCAUAGCCAUGCAAUCCUUGGUUCGGCGCUCCUCAGGGAAUUAGCCUCGAGGGGACACGAAGUCACCAUGAUCUCUCCAUUUCCGUUGAAAAAUCCACCACCGAAUUACAAUGAUGUUCACCUCGACGGACUGGUAGAAAUGCGGAACGAACGCUUGAAGGAAUUCAUGAGUCCCAACUGCAGCUCCUUCUCGAAGAUCGGAUACACUUACGAACUUCUACGAAUAUUGAACGAUGACGUCCUUGAGAACAAGAAUCUUCAGGACUUUCUGGCUACAAAACCGAAAUUCGAUGUUGCCAUCCAGAUGUGGGCUCUGAACGAAGCGCUUCUAGGAAUUUCGAAUGCAGUGAACGCAACGUCGAUUGCGUUCAGUGUUAUUGGAGGUAGUGCUAUGCUCAACUACGUCUUCGGAAACCCCAGUCCGUAUGCCUAUGUUCCCCACUUCACAACUACUUUCAAAGAUUCCAUGUUGUUUUGGCAAAGGGUGGUGAAUACGCUGGUAGCUCUCCUUGGUGAUGUGAUUUCGUAUAUCCUGUUGAUGCCUUAUCAGAAGAGUAUUCUUCAGAAGCAUUUUCCCGUUGCUCCACCUUUGGAAGAGCUUCUAGACAACGUUGAUUUGGCUCUAGUGAAUUCUCAUUUCAUAACAGAAAUGCCACGACCAUACCUACCUAAUUCCAUACAAAUCGGCGGUUUCCAUCUGCACGAGAAGCAACAUUUACCAGAAGAUCUUCAAACAUACUUCAACGAAUCCAAACACGGUGUCUUCUACUUCAGCCUAGGUACAAACAUCAAGAGCGAGGAAUUAAACCCCUCUACGAUGGAAGGUAUUCUCCGUGCUUUCUCUAAAAGCAAAUACGACGUUCUUUGGAAAUUCGAUGGAAAGCUUCUCUAUAACCCGAAGAACGUUAAAACUGCCAAGUGGCUUCCACAAAAAGGUAUUUUAGCUCAUCCCAAGACUGUAGCCUUCAUCACACACGGAGGUUUCGGCAGCAUCACCGAAGCCAUCUUCCACGGAGUGCCCAUGAUCGCGAUUCCGUUCUUCGGUGACCAACAGAAAAACGUCGCCGAAACCGCGCAACGCGGAUUUGCAAUACAACUUCAACUAAAAGAUAUCUCCGAGGAAACUUUGAGCACGACUAUGGAGGAAAUCAGUGGUAAUUCCGUGUACCGUGACCGCAUCAGAUCGGCUUCAGAUAUUUUCAAGAAUCAACCGAUGAAUCCCAUGGAAAAGGCUGUAUUCUGGGUAGAACACAUUGUCAAGCACAAAGGGGCGAAACACAUGAAGAUCAAAAAGAUGCCCUGGUACCAAUACAUGCUGCUCGACGUCUUCGCUUUCAUCCUCACAAUUUUAUCAGUAUUUUUCCUAUUCAUUUACUUAGUAAUUAAAUUGAUUUCUUCUCUCAUCAAACGAAAAGUUAAAAUACAAUAAUUAAAUCAA